UCGUAGAUCGUCUCGAAACUAGAGUUAUUAGAAGUUAUAUCGAUGCUUUUAGUAGUACUGAUAUACUUACUGUUCGUGUUAAUGAUUGUGCUCGCGGAUUGAAAAGUGAUGUCGCGUCAUAAUUAUACAAAUCCGGCGUUUUGUCAACAAAGUGAGUUCUUUCCGACGAAGCAAAUCCAAGAUGGAUCAAGAAGUGCUUAUAAUUCGCCAGCAAAAAUCCAAAGAAAUGAAUUAACGCGCUCUUACAACCGGAUUAGCUCAUCGAUAGUAAGGCAAAACUCUUUUGCAUGCCAUGGAUCAGAAAGAAAUAACGCAUUGCCACCAAUGCCGGGACCUAAGCCAGGUGGUGCUCGUUCUAUCGAUCAGUACUCUUCAAACUCAUCAAUAUCGGGAACGCGAUAUGGAUCCGUUGCAUCGGCGUUGGAUAGUUCAAUGGGCAAUAAACAGCCUAAAAGUGGACGCUACGCUUUGGUUCCGGUUGAAGAAAUACCAACGAACGACAAAGGAAGAUAUGCCGUGCUACCAAUCGACCAAUCUAUAAUAAAAGCGUCCACCACUAGAAUUGUGAAAAGCCAAGACAAUUUGGAUCGAUUUUCAAGCACGUCAGAAUUAAAUGAAGAAACAGUAAAUCUGUCUGAUCAGUUCUGUAGCCUACCACCGCUAUCUUCACCACCAAAACUGACUACACAAAAUCGUCUUCAAAAUGCCUUUUCUUCCGACUUUGGCAGCAAAUCAUUCAUAUUGUACGAUCAGAAAAGUAACCAAAGAUACGAAGUGGUUCCAACCGAAGAUAAUGAAGAACUCGUAGAUCCAAACCACGAAAUUAUCCAAAUGCACAACGGAAGAGCCCAUCGUUACGCGGUAAUUCCCACAGAAGAUGACGAAACGUGUCUCAACGAAGAAAUGGAAGAAGAUAUCCAGAAACCGCCACCGCCACCACUUCCUCAAAAAGAUUACAUGCGUGAGAGUAUUAGAAAAUCACGUCGAAAUCUAACGUCUCCAAUGGCUUCAACAACUGUAACAUCCACAACUACACCACCCAAAAGAAAUCCACUAGCAACGCAAAUGCUUCACGAACUCCUGAGCACACCAAAGCGACAAGAUUUCACACCAAAAAAUUCCCCCCAACGACACGAUAUGAUUCCAAAAAUUGUCUCUAGCACACCGAAGCGUAAUGAAUUUAAGCCACAAAAGCUGCAAUACGAUCAUCAAAUGCAACAGCAAACAACUUAUUCCAUGCAUCAGGCACGCGUCGAAUUAACUCAAAAGCAGCAACAACAGCAAUUGGAGGCAGCUGCCAGGACGACAGCUGUUAUUACGCCUCGACUGAAUGUAAACGGUGCCGGUAAUAGUAUUUAUGGUGAAACUACAACCUCAUCCGAUCACAUCGACAAGUCCUGGCAGAAUGCAAGUUUUCAUAAAAUUGCUCAUGCCUCGGCCACUGUCGGAGCCGUUUCGUUGAUGCUAAUCUUGUGUGGAUUUAUGAAUUCCGGACUCAGUUUGUAUUUCACAUCCAAAGUCGGACGGGAAUAUUACCUAGAUGUAUCGAUUUUUGCUGGAUUCGCUGCGAUUGCACUGGGGAUUCUCGGAUUCAAGUCCCGCCGGUGUGAUUGGCUACCGAAUAGGAAUUAUAUUUCAGGUUACAUCCUAGUGACUGUGUUUUCGCUGUUGAAUUGCUGUGCUCAGCUGAUCCUGAUGACGCUCCACCCGUUUCCGGGAACGCCACUGCACGAUGUGACAACCGGAAUCAUACUAGGAUUAUCAUCGCUCACAUUACUGUUGAUUAGUUUGGGAAUAGUUACGUCACGGUGGUGUCGUUCCCCUCCGCCUGACAAUCGCGUAGAUGUACGCUAGCUACAAAGCCUCAGCGCUUAAGUUUAGUUAAGAGUAGCAGAUAAAAACAACAAAGAUACUUUUUUUUUGCCAGCGUUCUGACGAACCAAAUAAUUGUGUAGCGUACCUCAUUCCAACCGUAGUUUGACAUCUAAUUUCUGGUCAAAAUAACGCAUCUUAUUGUGUAAAACAGAAAAUACUAGUGUAUUUUAACCAAAAAAUGACUUAAGCGUUUGUAUCUCCAAUAAAUGAUAAGUAUGCAAACAGUGUGAUUGAUUGUAA